CGCCGAGAAUGCUUUGCGCUUGUUGUCCUCCCAAUCUGUUGACCCAAAACAGCUGACGAAGGGAAAGGAGAUAUAUGCAUGUGCGGCUUAGUAUGGGUGCAGCUUCUCCUGCUAUGUCUUAGAGCUCCAGUCCAAGCCAUGAUUGUAAUUAGUGAGUGACCAACUUCCAUCACGGUUGACUUAGCUUUGGAUACCAAAAUGCUUGACAACAGAAUGGAAUUCAUUGCUGUCAAGGAGGAAAACGCGGAAGAGAAUGGUAAGGAGGAAUUCCAGAAAGUAAAUGAAGAAAUUAUUGAUGGUAUAGAUGUAAAAAGCACUAUAUAUACAAAACACAAAGAUGAAAGUCCAAUGAACAAAGAAGUCAGAAGUCUAAGUGAAAAAGCAUUUGAGAAUAAUUCAAAUUAUGAUGAAGAGACUACUAUUCAUAUAAAGACUGAAAAUGAAAGUCUAGUUUCGGAAGAUGAAGGUCUUGGAGAAAGAGCAGUUGAAACUGCCUCAGUAGAAACUAUUGGGCUUUUUGAUGAAAGGAAUGCCAUCUUUCUAAAGGAAGAAGAAGAAGGUGCAGAAGAUGGAAAUCCAAUGUCUGGAAAAUCCAAAAGUCUUGAUGAAGAAACCGCUGAAAAUUGCUCAGAUAUAUUUAUAUGUGAUGAUGAAGAUCCCUUGUCGUCAGAGUCACUUGUGGCAUGGGAUACGUGUUCCUCUGAUGGUAGUCGGCUUGUGCAAGCACUGGAGAAAGUGAAUGCAAAAGAGAAACAUAUUUGUGACCAAUGUGGUAAGAGAUUCCCUUUUAUGAGUCCUCUUUUGCGUCAUAUGAGGGUACAUACAAAUGAGAAACCUUAUGGCAAUGAAGUAUGCAAGCAAGGAUUCUCUAAUAAAAAAAGUUUCUUGAAAUACACAGAUAUGUAUACCAAAGAUGGUCAUUUCACCUGUGAAUUGUGUAAUAAGCCAUUCUCUUCAAAAGAUGACAUAAUUAUGCACAUGAGAAAACACAGAAGUGAGAAAUCUUAUACAUGUGAGGUAUGCAAAAAAUUAUUUUCUGGAAAAAGUGGCCUAGAGAGACACAUGAGAAUACACACAAAGGAGAGACCUUAUACCUGUGAGAUUUGCAGCAAGGCAUUUUCUCAGAAAGCCCAUCUAGAAUCCCAUAUGCGUACUCAUCUGAGAGAUAAACCAUUGAACUGUGAGGUAUGCAAAAAGCCAUUCUCGUGUAAAAGUAGUUUAACAAAACACAUGAAAUUACAUACAAAGGAGAAACCUUUUAGUUGUAAAGUUUGUAGGAAGGCAUUCAUAGUGAACCAUAAGCUAGUUGAGCACAUGCAUUUACAUUCAGAGGAGAAGCCUUUUUCUUGUGAUGUAUGUACAAAAAAAUUUGCUAGGAAAGGUGAUUUAGCAAGACACAUGAAAAUACACACACUUGGGAAGCCAUAUACCUGCAUUGUAUGUAGUAAAUCAUUUUUAUGGAAAAACAGACUAGUGGUGCACAUGAGGGUACACACAAAGGAAAAACCUUACAGUUGUGCCACAUGUAAUAAGGGUUUCCCAGAGAAACAAAGACUAGUGCAGCAUAUAAAAGUACAUGCAAAAGAUAAAGCCUUAUGUGACAGAUACGGCUUUGGGCAUCAUAAUGCAAUGGCCUAUUAUGUGUAUAUGCGUCAUGAUUUGCAACAUGUGGGCCAGCUCAUUGCUAUCCUUUCUUAUGACUUUAACUGUUCCACAGCCAUGAUUGUAAUUAAUGAAAGUCCAGUAACCAAAGAAAUCAGAAGUCUAAGUGAGAAAGUAUUUGAGUAUAAUUCAGAUUGUGAUGAAGAGACUACUAUUCAUAUAAAGACUGAAAAUGAAAGUCUAGUAUCAGAGGUUGAAUGGUCUUGGAGAAAGAGCACUUGUCAGCACUUUGAAUACUGCAAAGUGAAUGCAAAUGAGAAACUAUAUGAAAGUGAAGGAUGCAAGCAAGUAUUCUCUAAAAAUAGUGUCUUGAAAUACAUGGAUGCACAUACCAAAGAUGUGAGCUGUCCCCUAUUUAAAUUCUGGCAAUUUGGAUUGGUUCCUUACUUGAAGGUGUAUUGCUUGAAAGGUCUACAAAGACCAACUUCCAUCAUGGAUGACUUAGGUAUGGAUACAAAAAUACUUGACAACAGAAUGGAAUUCAUUGCGGUUAAAGAAGAAGAUACAGAAGAAAAUGGUAAGGAGGAAUUCCAGAAAAUAAAGGAAGAAAUAGUUGAUAGUACAGAUGAAGAAAGUACCAUUUAUACAAAAAUUGAAACUGAAAAUCCAGUGAUCAAAGAUGUCAGAAGUCUAAGUGAGAAAGCAUUUGAAAAUAUUUCAGGAGAAACUAUCGAGGCUUGUGCCGAAGACACUACUUUUUAUAUAAAGACCGAAGAUGAAUGUCUAGUAUCAGAAGUUGAAGGUCUUAGAAAAAGAGUAGUUGAAACUGACUCAGUAGAAACUAUUGGGCAUUUUGAUGAAAGAAAUGCUAUCUUUCUAAAGGAAGAAGAAGAAGGUGCAAAAGAUGUAAAUUCAAUGUCUGAAGAAUCCAAAUGUCUUCAAGAAUCAGCUGAAAAUUGCUCAGAUACUUUUAUGUGUGAUGAAGAUCCCUUGUCAUCAGAGUCAAUUGUGGCAGAGGAUAUGUGUUCCUCUGAUGGUGGACAGCUUGUGCAAGCACUGGAGAAAGUGAAUGCAAAUGGGAAACAUAUAUGCGAGCAAUGUGGUAAGAGAUUCCCUUUUAUGAGUAAGCUUUUGCGUCAUAUGAGUGUACAUACAAAUGAGAAACAUUAUAGUAAUGAAGUAUGCAAGCAAGUUUUCUCCAAUAAAAAUGGUUUCAUAAAAUACACGGACAUACAUACCAAAGAUGAUCAUUUCACUUGUGAAGUAUGUAUUAAAUCAUUCUCUUCAAAAGAUGAAAUAAUUAUGCACAUGAGAACACAUAGAAAGGAGAAGGCUUAUAUUUGUGAGGUAUGCAGUAAAGUAUUAUCUGGAAAAAGUGGUCUAGAGAAGCACAUGAGAGUACACACAAAGGAGAAACCUUAUAGUUGUGAGGUUUGCAGCAAGGCAUUCUCUCAGAAACCCCAUCUAGAAUCCCAUAUGCGUACUCAUCUAAAAGUUAAACCAUUCAUCUGUGAGGUAUGCAAGAAGCCAUUCUCCUGUAGAAGUAGUCUAAGGAAGCACAUGCGAUUACAUACAAAUGAGAAACCUUUUAGUUGUAAAGUUUGUCGGAAGGCAUUCACAGUGAACUAUCAUCUAGUUGAGCACAUGCAUGUACAUUCACAGGAGAAGCCUUUUUCAUGUGAUGUAUGCACUAAAGCAUUUGCUAGGAAAGAUGAUUUAACAAGACACAUAAAAAUACAUACACAUGGGAAACCUUAUACUUGCAGUGUAUGUAGUAAAUCAUUCUCACGGAAAUACGGUCUAGUGGUGCACAUGAGGUUACAUACAAAGGAAAAACCUUACAGUUGUGCCACAUGUAACAAGGCAUUUUCAGAUAAACGUAAUCUAGUGCAGCACAUGAAAGUACAUGCAAAGGAAAGAGCCAUAUAAUUGUGAAAUAUUAAGAGAACUUUGUCUUUCAACAACUCUAUGGUGAACCUCACAAAAUCAUUCAAAUAUUUAAAGCCACUUUUAAUGGGAGAAAAUAUCACAAGUGGUACAUAUGACCUUACAUUCUCAAUUCUUUGAAGGAGGUUGGUUGGGAUACAUAUAUUACAGUGACAGAGGGCAUGCCAUAUCCUUUUUUACUUCUGUAAACACAUGAUUUUGAACAUGGGUCUUUGUUCUUUAAGUCAACCACAAGGAAAAUUAAGAACUCUGUAUUGAGAGAAAUGUAUAGGGAAUAUGAUAUAUGAAUGGCAAUAAAGAUUGUUGAUAAAUCCAUUAUGAACAUGAUUAUUGCCUUUUUAUAACCUUAUUAUAUUUUUAGUAAUUCUAUUCCGACGUUUUACUGAUUUCACUUUUUUUUUUUUUUAGAGUAUUCAUAUAUGCUUUCCACUAUUAACUCAGCAUGUAUAUAUAUGUCUUCAUUUAUCGUACUAUACAUGGAAAGUUUUGGGAGAGUGUGUUAUUUACCUAACAGGACCUUGGAGUCUCCCCUGCUGAGUUAUAAUUGGUAUGUGGAGGUCGUGCCAGUUGUUAAUGGGAAACAUAUCGACAUGUUUUUCUCGGUUAACAGCUGUUCCCUCCUUAAAUAAUGGCAAAUUGGAAUGGUUCUUUACUUGAAGGUAUAUUACUUGAAUGGUCUACAAGCUCAGUCUUGCCAGAUUAUACAUGAUUUUUAAAAGCUAAUUAUAACAUUAUCCUUCAUUUGUUUGAAAGUUUAACUUAAUGCUGCCAAGUACAUGCAAUGUUCAUUAUAAUAUUAUUUUGUGAAUUGUCUUUACAUGUAAAUAGUUCUACAAAUGCUUAGUCACCAAGGAGUACUCAUCUGCUUUCCUCUUUGAGUUUUUUUGGGAAAAAAAUGUUAUAUAUUCAUACUGUUAUCAUCAUUACUGAAAUUGUGAUUGUCAUAUAGCUCUUAAUCCACAGCUCUUAAUUGUCAAACUAAAAUCAUAGUGGACAUGGCAUGUAAGUUCAUGCCAUUUCUAUUGGCACUGGGCUAAGAAUCAGGAAUGAGUGACAGAGUGAAUGUGCAGUACAAGUAUAGUGUAUACUGUGUCACUAUGAAAUAAUUCUCUCAUACUGUUUUGUACUUUUUGUAAUAAAAUACUAUAUACAUUUUUUUA